ACAUCACCUUUGUAUUUCUACAUAUUUAAAUAACAUAACGGUAAAAGACUAGAUUAAGAUAACUAUAAUACCAUUUAAUCCUAACCCUGAUCGCCUACUGUUAAGAUUAGAUGGUCAGUUCGCGUGAGACGUUAUGUUGCAUCAAUGUAUCGACACAGGAAAUAUCAAAAAUAUGAACCGGGAAUGUCUUGGGUUACAUUUGGAAGUCCUCUUUGGAGAAAAGACACAGUACAAACAACUAUCAAAUCACUUCCAUCCAUCGAUGAAAUGAAGCGAAUGGAAAAAAGUUUUGUAAAUGAUGCAGUAAAAACACACAAACAUCACAGUUCAAGACGUACAAAUAUUAUACCACAUUAUGACGCAAUGGAAGAUAGAUUCGCCAUGUCAUAUUUCAAAUCACCAUUAACGCAAGCCAUCAUAGACCGAACAUUAGCUAUUAAGGAAAUCAAAAACAAGAAUGACAUAGAUAUGAGAAAAAAUAUCAACAAACUUAGUUUCCGGCAACGAUGCAAAGCAACCCCAACAGUGGAUGAAAUACGACAGCGCGAGAAACAAUACGUUAAUGACGCCAUUAUUACAGAAAAGAAGCGCACAAAAUACAAAGACAUUAUACCUGUAUACGACGCCUCUCAUGACGAUCAUUGUAAAGCAUAUUUUAAUCGACCUGAUGUAAAACGUCUUGUAACCAAAACAUGUUCACCUAGAAAACCUUUAUAUAGAAUAUAAAAUUAGUGUAACUAGUCAUUUAGUACAUAUCCAUAUGAAGCUAUGAAGAAUAACUGUCUCAAAGUCUAAAUAAUUUAGUAUAGGCAUAUUUGAACGUAGAACAAUUGUCAAAUUGUGAGAAAACCUUGCUUUUAAUUUCCUUGAACUGAACAUAUCAAGUAUGGAUGUCUAUUUCUUAUUUUCGUUUCAUUUUGUGGUAAAUAAAACACGAGUUAUCUCUCUUACAUUCGUUAGAAAUAGACGCUACUUUGAUAUCUUUCGUAAACUCGAGUUUUAUAUCGGUAAGACAGUAAUUAUGUAUAUUCAGACAUUAGAUUUAAGACCAGUCGACAUUUCUGCGUAUCGCAAAAGUUUUAUACAACUGUAGAAACAACUAAAUGUAUAAAAAGGUUCCGCAAAAUUUGUUGCCGGUUUUGUAAUUUUAUACCAGUCAUAUAAUCAUAGAGACAGAAUUAUUGUAAAGUUUGUUUGUCUGAAAGUUGAAAUUAUUUAGUUUUUGUGAUUAUCAUAACUUCAAAGCAAAUAUGGCGGAAGUAGGGCAGAUAUAUUUCAACAAUUCCUUUAGCUUUUUAUCAUUCUUCCAACACAUAAUCAAACUGGCAGUGAGUGUACUAAAUAUUGUAGUCUUGAGAGACUUUUUCGCAUUGUAACAUAUUUUUUUCAUGAAAGUGCUGAUUUUUUGUUUUCACUAUUAGAGAUUUGUAUGAUAAGAUCAGAAUUCUGUAAAUUAAUACAUUGUAUC